UCAAGUAUUAAUAAUGUUUCCUAUAAAUCGUCAGUCCCAUGAUUUAAUCCUCAUUUCUGUUUGCCUGAUACGCACAUCACACGUCGAGGGCCUUUCGUUCAAAAAUCCUUUCCCCUAAAUCUUCAUCAUGCGUGAAUGUAUCUCUAUCCAUGUCGGCCAAGCCGGAGUCCAGAUGGGCAAUGCCUGCUGGGAGUUGUACUGCCUGGAGCACGGCAUCCAGCCUGAUGGCCAGAUGCCCUCAGACAAGACCAUCGGAGGUGGUGACGACUCAUUCAACACCUUCUUCAGUGAGACUGGAGCUGGCAAGCAUGUUCCCCGGUGCAUCUUUAUGGAUCUCGAGCCAAGUGUAGUUGAUGAAGUCCGUACCGGUACCUACCGUCAACUCUUCCAUCCUGAGCAGCUGAUCACCGGCAAGGAGGAUGCUGCCAACAACUACGCCCGUGGUCACUACACCGUCGGCAAAGGAGUCAUUGAUCAAGUCUUGGAUCGCAUCAGGAAGCUGGCUGACCAGUGCACAGGUCUCCAGGGAUUCCUUCUCUUUCACAGCUUCGGUGGCGGCACCGGCUCUGGCUUUACCUCCCUGCUCAUGGAGCGUAUCUCCGUCGAUUACGGAAAGAAGUCCAAACUUGAGUUCGCCAUCUACCCCGCUCCCCAGAUCUCCACCGCUGUUGUCGAGCCCUACAACUCCAUCCUUACCACUCACACCACCCUGGAGCACUCCGACUGUGCCUUCAUGGUCGACAACGAGGCCAUCUACGAUAUUUGCAGACGUAACCUCGACAUCGAGCGUCCCACCUACACCAACUUGAACCGUCUCAUCGGCCAGAUCGUCUCCUCCAUCACCGCUUCUCUUCGAUUCGAUGGCGCCCUCAAUGUCGAUCUCAAUGAGUUCCAAACCAACUUGGUGCCCUACCCACGUAUCCAUUUCCCUAUGGUUACCUAUGCUCCAGUCAUCUCUGCUGAGAAGGCCUACCAUGAGCAGCUGACUGUUGCCGAGAUCACCAACUCCUGCUUCGAGCCCGCCAACCAAAUGGUGAAGUGCGAUCCCCGUCACGGCAAGUACAUGGCCUGCUGUCUCCUGUACCGUGGUGAUGUCGUCCCCAAGGAUGUCAACGCCACCAUCGCUGCCAUCAAGACCAAGCGUUCUAUCCAGUUCGUCGACUGGUGUCCAACUGGUUUCAAGGUCGGUAUCAACUACCAGCCACCCACCAUCGUCCCUGGUGGUGAUCUUGCAAAGGUUCAACGUGCCGUCUGCAUGUUGAGCAACACCACUGCAGUUGCUGAGGCUUGGGCCCGUCUCGACCACAAGUUCGAUCUGAUGUACGCCAAGCGCGCUUUCGUCCAUUGGUACGUCGGAGAGGGUAUGGAGGAAGGAGAAUUCGCCGAAGCUCGUGAGGAUUUGGCUGCUCUCGAGAAGGACUACGAAGAAGUUGGUACCGAUUCUGCCGAAGCAGAGGAGGGAGAGGAAGAAGAUGAAUAUUAGAUUAAACCUGAUUUUUUUUUUUUUUUUUUUUUUUUUUUUUUAUUAAUCACAAAAUUUAAGUAGAAAAAAAAAUUCCCGCUAAUGAAAUAUCGAAAACAAACUAAUACGACAGAUAUCGUUUUGUGAAUAGAUUGAACAAACAUUAUGAAUUGGAUAUUUGCUUUACCUAUUCUUUUACGCAUGAUCCACAAAAGAUAAUUAUAUAAAUCAUUAGUAUAUAUAAAUCAUUAGUAUAUGUCAAUAGAGUAGCAUUAUGAAAACCAAAGUAAUUAUUGAAUAUUAGAAAGAUACCUCAUAAAGUUUGCGAUGAUAGUAUAGCUAGGAUUGGCUUGAUUAAAUAUUUUUUAAAGAAUACCUUAAUAUACAUCUUCUGCGUUAAUUCAUAUCUGUGGUACCAACAUUGUCAAAUAAACAUGGAAGUUUAUCAUCA